AGAGAGAGAAUGAGAGCGAGAGAGAGAGAUUCUUGCAUUCGUGGAGAAAGCUGGAAGAGCAUAUUCGCUGAUCUGCGCUCGCUUUGGACGCUCUGGCGGCUAAAAUAAAGAGGCGCAUUUGUCAUCUGCUUCAGCUCUGUGUGCAUUUGGAGGAAAGUCACGUUCUUUAAGAAAAAGAAAAAUAAACCAAAAAAAUGAUUGCGGCAAGCCCGGCGUGAUGUUCUGAGAUGUGGGAUUACAGCGCUCUGUUCUCAGCCAUGUCCGAACUUUGGUUCUGGCUGCUCUUCCGAGAUGACGCCGCUGAUUUCGGCCGGACGGACUCGGAAGCCGCGCUGGCGUGAAUGAGAUCUCUCCCUCCUCCCUCCUCCUCCUCCUUCUUCUCCUCUUUCCCCGGAUCAGACGGCACUCUUAACGUGCGCCUGCUGUAUGGAGCCUAACGCGGAGGAGACUUGACUUGAUUUUUUUUUUUUUUUUGGUUUGUUUUUUUUUAAUUUAUUUAUUUUUUAUUAAAUUUUUAUUUGUUUUCCAUUUCGUCCAAUUUUUUUUGUCAUAUCUGCUUUGGCGAUCGAGUGAAGGACGGAUGACACCAUAGGAGAAGGCGAGAGAGAGAAAAAAAGACAAAUCGAUGUUUUCCACUGUGGUUGGAGAGAGUAGACCGUGAUUUUAGGGAUGCCUUGGCGUUCACACGGAUCGGCACGAUGACACCUCACACUGGCACCACACUCGAGUGAGCCGGGGCAUCCUCUCCCAGGACAAAAUGCAUAUCUGGAUUCUAAAAAUAAUCCUUCUGAUUGCAUCAUCUCCGAGGCUGGUCGAGAUGUAUGACAAUUAUGGGGAAAUCUGCCGGAGUCUGUGCAAGUGCGACGAGAAGGAGGGGAUCCUGACGGUGAGCUGCGAGAACCGGGGGAUCAUCAGACUGACAGAGAUCAGCCCGGUUCAGUUCCCGAUGUACCACCUCCUGCUGACAGGGAACCUCCUGAAGAAGCUGUCAGUCAAUGAUUUCAUCAAUUACACCGGGGUAACCAUCCUGCACUUGGGGAACAAUGAUAUCUCCGAGAUCGAGUCGGGUGCCUUCAACGGACUCCAGGGAUUAAAAAGAUUGCACCUGAAUAACAACAAGAUUGACCUUCUGAGGGACGACACUUUCACAGGGCUGGAAAGUUUGGAAUACCUACAAAUUGAUUAUAAUUUAAUUACAACUAUAGAGCCCAAUGCCUUGAGCAAACUGCACCAACUGACAGUAAUGAUUUUGAAUGAUAACUUACUUUCUGCCCUCCCCUCAAAUAUAUUCCGGAAUGUCCCCCUUACACACUUGGACCUGAGGGGGAACCGACUAAAAAUGUUCCCCUACAUUGGCCUCCUGGAGCACAUGGACAAAGUUGUGGAAUUACAACUGGAGGAAAAUCCGUGGAACUGCUCCUGUGAGCUCAUUGCUCUCAAGGCUUGGCUGGAGAGCAUAGCCUACACGGCUCUGGUCGGGGAGGUGGUGUGUGAGACGCCUUUCAGGCUGCAUGGCAGAGACCUGGAUGAGGUGUCCAAGCAGGAGCUGUGCCCACGGAGACCCGUAGAGGACACGGUCAGGCCUGCACCACCCAGCAGCACCAAUGGAUAUUAUCAGACCACACCUUCUGCUGUCACGGCCUCUGUCACUUCAUCAGCUGUUUUUAGGUCCUCCUCCAGGCCAACCAAGGGCACACGGCAAUUUAACAGAACUAGGUUAAAGCCCACUUCUCGGUUACCGGGCGGCAACCCAUAUAACUACGGCCCCAUCAUUGCUUUUCAGACCAAAUCUCCUGUGCCUUUGGACUGCCCCACUGCCUGCACAUGUAAUCUGCAGAUUUCUGAAAUUGGGUUAAAUGUCAACUGCCAAGAGAGAAAGAUUGAAAGCAUUUCUGAUCUAAAACCCAAGCCAUACAAUCCUAAAAAAAUGUAUCUCACUGGAAAUUAUAUCCCUGUGGUGCGAAGAUCUGAUUUUGUUGAUGCUACUGGAUUGGAUUUGCUUCACCUGGGAAACAACAGGAUAAGUGUGAUCCAUGACAGGGCUUUUGGGGAUUUAACCAACCUCCGUCGGCUGUAUUUAAAUGGUAAUCUCAUGGACAGGCUUACAGGGGAGAUGUUUUUUGGCUUGCAGAACUUGCAGUACCUUUAUUUAGAGUACAACAAAAUCAAGGAGGUGGAGGCUGGCACUUUUCGCUACCUGCCUAAUCUCCAGCUGCUUUUCCUCAACAACAACCUCCUCAAAACUUUACCCAUGGGCAUCUUUUCCAGCCUCUCCCUGUCUCGACUUAAUCUGCGUAACAACCAAUUCCAAAACCUGCCUGUGAGCGGUGUUUUAGAUCAGCUCAAGUUGCUUGUGCAGAUAGAUCUGUUUGAAAACCCAUGGGACUGUUCUUGCGACAUAGUGGGUAUGAAGAUAUGGAUUGAGCAGCUCAGUGCAGGCACGGUGGUUAAUGAGGUUGUGUGCGAGACGCCCAUACGCCACAAGGGGACGGAUCUGCGUUCCAUCCAGUCUGAGCAGCUGUGCCCAGAUUAUACUGACUCAUACGUCUCACCAACUCCCCCCACGGAGGAGCCCAUGGACGACCAUGUUGUCACAACAAACGCUCCUCAAAAGUUCAGCCCCUCAAGCAGCACAGUACCCCUCUCCGUCCUCAUCCUUAGCCUCUUGCUUGUAUUCAUCAUGUCCGUUUUUGUGGCAGCGGGACUCUUCGUGGUGGUGAUGAAAAGGCGCAAAAAGUCUCAGAGUGACCGCACGAGCACAAACAAUUCGGACGUUAGCUCUUUUAACCUGCAAUACAGCCUCUACAGCAAUCGCUCCGGCCCUAAAGUCAAAGCCCCCGCCGGUCACGUUUACGAGUACAUUCCCCACCCCAUGGGCCACAUGUGCAAAAAUCCCAUUUACAGGUCACGGGAAGGAAACACGGUGGAGGAUUACCGAGACCUGCACGAGCUCAAGGUGACAUACAGGAGUACCCCUGAUGAGGAGAGGGAUAGUAGCACGUUAAGGAGUCCCGCGUACAGCGUCAGCACCAUCGAGCCACGUGACAACCCUUCCCCCAUCCAGGAUGCAGACCACUUUUUCAGGGGUAUUCUGGAGCCCGAUAAGCAGUCCCCGCAUCAGUCCAUCCCAUCCCUCCCAGCAGCCAAUUUAGAGUACAAGUACACUGGGCCUGUGUCGUACACGUACAACCCAAAUUUCGAUGUCAGACGGCAGUUCUUGCACCCGGAGAGGAUAAGAGAAACGGUGCUCUACGGCACUGCACCCAGUACUGUUUAUGUGGAGCCCAACAGAAACGAGUAUUUGGAGCUAAAAGCUAAACUGCAGUCUGAGCCUGAUUACCUCGAGGUCCUUGAGAAACAGACCACCUUUAGUCAGUUCUGAGCAACGCGGUUGCUAAUGUUAAUGAGACACUUUCACUGCUGGUCCUCCUUGAAACAGUGGCUCAGUUUAUUAAAGGGUGCCUUGGCACAGAAACACACGAGCAAACGCGAGGGAGCUAGGACGGGGUGUGCCGAACAAUCGAUUCUUUCUGAAACACGACAGCACGAAAACGGAUACAGCUUUCUGACAGGUAGACGAACAAACUCCACUGAUGAUGAUGCAAAUUUUAUUUUUUUAUGGUGAAGAUGGAAUAACACAAAAUGUAAGUGUACUGGUAAAUCCUAUCCAACUUCAUUUUCAGGAAUAUAACCAUACAUUAAAAAAGGUAUAUUGUGAAUCAGAAGAGAGAGAAAGAGAGAGAAAAAAAAAAAAACAGUUUAUAAAAUUCCUCCUGGACAAAAAAAGAAAAACACUAGUACAGCAGAUGAUCAGAACUGUGUAGGACUAUUUUCUGCUGUAGUCUGUAAGUAAGUAUUUAUUGAUAUAAUCUGCCAUGUCUUUUAAAAAACAAAACAAAAAAAAACAACUUUGAUUCUACAUCAGAUAUUACCUGUGUCAUCAUAUUCCAUGAAAAAAAAAGGCUUAUGUUUGUAGUUUCAUUUACUGUAGCUCUGCAUUGUAACAGUGGCUUUUUUCUUUUUGAAAGUGGCACACCCCCCCAAUGUUCAAAAACAGACUGCGUCAUUUGAAGAUUUAAAAAAAAAACAAAACAAAAAAAAAAAAAAAUACAAAAAAUAGUGUCUUUGUAUGCUUUCUGCACUUUUUGAAAUUGGAAGGCGAGUUUGCCUUCAUUGAGCUCUCAUAAAGGAGAUUAUUAUAUUAAAAAUGAAUAUGAGUAUUCAUUCUUAAUAUGUAGAGAUGAUAUGUUAUCAAAACUAAAUUCAUAAAAGAUAUUUGAAGUAUUCAUUAUGUUGUGUAAUACUGAUAUUUUAAUCAAUGUAACACCUAUUUUUAUACAAGCAUUGGCAGAUUCUCUAUCCCUUAUUGGUUCCUUUGUUUUGAUUGCUUUGCACUUAUUGCACUAUAUUGACCAAACUAUGUUAUUGUCAUCAAAUAAAUCAAGAUGUCAGGUUCAUACAUUGUGCUUAUGAGGAAAACUGAAGUGUUCUGGGUGACAUUACUGAGAACAUCAGAGUUGGGUUGGUGGUGUACCCUUUUAAUUUGGCAAAUCAACUGACAAUGUCUUGGCUAAGAACCGGUGACUGAAGGUACAGUCAGUGCUUCACUCGUAGGGCCAAGCUAGAGUCUCAGAAAAGCCUGGAAUCAAUGGGGAUUCAAUCAAUGAGCAUUAAACCUUUGCAAUUAUACAAUGACAAUUGUAUCCACAUUGCUGCCUGCUAAGCGACAAGGAGGUCAUUUAUAUAAACAUGAUAGGAGCUGACUUAGAGCUCCUGCAAAGCCAGUGGGUAUCAACUUUGACAGUGAUGAAUACAUUCAGACUGAAGGUAGUCAUAAUAGGCUUGUAAUAGUUUUUUUUUUUUAGUUUUUUUAUGAAUUACAUGGAUAGUCAUAAAAAUGCUAUAAAUGUAAUUUUAUUUAAUUGUAUAUUUCAGUGUGGUUUUAUAUAGCACUAUUUUUUAGUUGUGGUUCUGAUAUUUGUUUGGGAUAGUCAAAAAUGAUCAAAUUACGACCACUGAUUACAACAGCUGAACUCCCAAUUGGUAGAUGACUAUUCAUCAUAGUAAUAGAAUCACAUUUUAACUUGGCUUUGCAAAGAUACAAAAUUUCAAAUGUAAUAUUUUCAUUCUUUGCAUAUAAAUAAUAUUUUUAGCUAGUUUAACGGACUCCUAACUGCUAAUAAAGAACAUAUAUAAUGUGCAUUUUAAGUGGAUAAUGCUUACAGAGAGUGGUGGGAACAUUGUGGAUUGGUCCUCAUAACAGUAGAGAAUAAAAGCAUAGAAAAUGUCCUUAAAUCAUCAACUGUUAAAGUGAGUAAGACAUGCAUCAAGUUUAAAGCAAGUGUAAAAUGAUGCACUGGUUGGUAUGAAAGAUUUUGUAUUUGAUGACUUCUUUUUGCUCCUGAAAAGACCAACAUUGCAAUGGUGCAAAAUGAUAAGCACAAAUCAAAACAACAACUUUUAGACACUUAAGCAAAACAAAAUAAGUCAAUUAACUAUUACUGUCUGUAGCAAAGAUGCCACUGCUGGACUGUUUUUGAGUAGGAAUCAGUGCAAAACAUAGCUUCCUUGUUGUGAUUUGGACACAAAAACCAGGCAAAAGUAUAAAACAAUUAGCAAAAAUUCAAUCAAGAGCAAAACUUAAAACAUUAAAAGUAUAUACAUUUUACAUUUGCAGUUUUCAUGUUCGACUUUUUCAGUGAUUUGUGUUUUUCAGUGAUUUGUGGUAGUGUAUGCUAUGUGACAGACGGGGCUCUGGGUUCAAAAGGAUCCAGAUUCAAAUGUGAGAGGGUGAAAUGACAUUUUUUAAAAUACAGAUCAAAACUUAAAAGGUAGAUUUUUUAUGUUUUGUACUGUUUGAAGUUGCUGUCUCAAUUCGUGUUUGGCCACUUCACUACUUGAAAACGCAAAUCAGGGUCCAUAAAAAGGCAAGAGGCUGCCCCUGUGCCACCAUUUUCAGUGUGCAGCGUGCGUCACCAUUUAGGAAUCCAAGAGCUCCCUCAGCAGAGACAGACGACAUCUUUGCGGAGCGGAGGCCUGCCGACUAAUUCUCAACUCGCCGGGAAUUAUUUGAAAUUAAAUGAAUUUAUAAUUAAACCUUCUCCGCGUGCAAAGAGCUGUUAUAUAACUGUUUAUGUUUUUUUUUUCUUUUUUCUUUUUCCACUACCAAGUCCAUCGUGGUGCCUGCUGCCUUGCCUUAUUAAAAGAAAGAAAAAAAAAAAUAACGCUCUGGGUCCUCAUUGCUUUCAGAGAAGCUCAGAAUGAGAGCAGAAGGCAACCAUUUGGGAGAUGAGGAGUCCUGGAACCGAGUGUAACUGUGGAUGUGUCAUACAUGUUGCAGGGAGAUGUGAAUCAUAGCCAAGGAGUGUGUGCACUCACCCAGCAUUGGUGGCCUGUGGGAUGCUCACAGUUCCUGACAUGGAAUUAUAUUUAUUUUUUGUGAUACUUAUAUUACUAAACACUUUGCACCUGAGCAGCAGAGUGACAAAUGUUUAAAAGGUGGCACAGAUGGGGUUUCAUUUUCAUAUCCUGAAAUUACUUUUUUUUUCUUUCAUCCUCAGAUGACAAAUGCUUGAACACAUUGAUGAAAUCAAUGAAUCAUUGUCCCCCCCCUUUUCUGAAAUAGGUUUGCCAUUACUGUGUGUGCGAAUACGAACAUCUAUCCAACCCAGACUGUUUGGUUAAUUGCUGCCUUGACCCAGCUUACAGUUCCAGAAUAAUAUACUCGCAUUUGUCAAAAUUGCACGCUAAAUCAAUUUAAAACUAAAAUUGAUCAGAAAAUCUUUGAACUUCUGCAGCGAUGUGAAAGAUCCCAAAUGGUGUCGCCUCAACACUGACCGACAUCCCUGAUCAUGUCUGACUGAAACUCAUCGCGUGCAAUCUGACGCAAGGCUGGCGGUGUGCGGUACAGGUGUAGGGCGCCGCCGUCAGAGGAAGCCUCCCUCCUCGCAGAAAGAGCUCAUCAGAAAGGCAGAGCCGGGGAGAGAGACGGGUGAUGGGCAGCCGGUGUUCUGGUACGCUCUCUGCUUUCGCACCAUUUGAGAGUUAAUCAAUGCGGAAGCAGAGUGGCACGGCGCAUGAAACCUGUCCAAGCUGCACCAAGUGUUGGCUCAUCACUUCUGCUAUUUUCAGUGCGUGGAGUUGAACUUGCCCGGCAAUUAUUUUCAAACAGUGUUCUCAAAACAAAAAAAGGAGCUGAUUAAGAAGAAAAAAAGAAAAAAAAAAAAACUUUUUCUGGAGAAGUUUUUGCGCCCUAUCCAGUUUCAUGGCUUCUCAGAUUGCAUUGGCAGAAUUAGAUGUUUAUGGUAAAUAAAAUCAGCUUGAUGCCACACAUGUGCAGGCCGCGUUAGCCAUCUACAAGGCCAGAGGGCAAAAUUACACUCAAGGACCCCUCUUUACAACCAUGUUUCAGCAACUCUUAGGAUUAAGUAUAGUUCACAUAACUUUACGUAAUCUUGUAGUAUGCACAGAGUAUUAGUAUAAUUUAAAUUAACAGUAACUGAAAUAGAAUUGUUUUUUUUUUUGUUUUUUUUGCCAACCUCUUGCAUCUAUUUUCUUAUCAUUUUUAUGCGAAAGGUAAUAAGAAUAAAGUGGGGGCAUAAAAAAGGCUAAGGACUUGCAAACUAAAUUUGUCACUAACAUACAAAAUAACACUGAUAUUAUGAAGGUUUUGGAUAUUUUUCCUGUCUUAAUGCUUAACAUGAUUGUUAUUUAUGUAUUUUUUGGUCUUUGAAUGCCCCAAUGUUGCAUUAUAUUAUUUAUAUCGUGCCAUCAUUUAUUCCCAAUUCAAAACUUGGCAGUUUUCUUCGAGUUGGGUGUUGAUUUAAUUGUUCAAGUUUCUUGUUUUUUGUUUCUUCUUAUGCUGCUUUCGGUUUGCAGUAAGGCGCUGCAAUCAUACGUAGAUGAUAAUUAUGCUAAUAACGCAUCUACCCCGGGCAUACAGAGACAUGCAGGGUGGACAUUUUGCAUAUGCUCGAGUGACGUUUCAUCGACUGCGGCCUCUUCCCCUUCCCCUUUUCCCCCCCGCCGAUGCCGCCACAUUCCUCCGAGUGCGCCUCGCUUUCCUUCUCGCCACCCGGUCUCCAUGAUGAUGUGAGCAAUUGAGUUCAAGGAGAUCUGGGUAAUUGAGAGGGCAGGGAUGGCAUCUGACAGGCACCGAUGGCUCCAAUGAUUACUUUAAUCAGAGUGGUUAAUGGAAUUCCUUCAGGCAUGUAGAAAUGCUCAAAUGUUCAUCAGCACUCAACCGAUUUCUACCCACCCCCCGUCGCUGCCAACACCUCCUCUUCUACCUCACGUUGCCAUAAUUACCGAUCAGUUUUACUUUCUCCUUGUGCCUUUUCUGUCAUUGUUACCCCCAAGCUUCUGGGCUUUGUUUGUCCCUAUGAUCUUAAAUCUAAAGUGGGAAUCAUUAUGAGGGUAGACUGGGCAGCUUUACGGUCCAAAAAUGCAUUAUGGAUAAGGCAUUUUCUCAUAAAAUGCCAUGGUAAAGCUCUUAACAUCCAUAGGGACUCUCAAGGACUUGGUCACAGUAAAUUCAAACAUAUUCUUACAUAGAUAAAAAGCACUUUAGAUUUAAGUGUUUUUUCCAGUACAUUCAGAAUAAAGAGUGAAUUUUAAACUUGUAUUUUAUUAAAUUUUUUAAAAAAGGCUCUAAAUUUUGUUCAUCUGGAAUGUUAGUUUGACACUUCUGAAUUAAAUGGUACUAUAACACCUGUUUUUUCUACUCAGAUUUCAACCUUUGAAUGAUUAUCCGUUGCAUCUUAAAGUCAAAUGUGUCAUCUGCCAAUUAAAAAGCCACUUGCUGCUGUCAAUACAUUGAAGGUUUUUUUUUAAUUUGUUAUGCAAUACUGAAAAAAAACGUGCCAGCUACAAUCAAUGGUGAAUAUAUCUGUUGCCUUUUUUGUGAUUGGAUGGGAGAAUUAGAGAUUCACCAAAUAAACCUUAAUGAAUAAUACUAACAGUGGAAAGCAAGCUAACAUACACGCUUGCUUUUUUUCUGUUUUACAGCCAAUCAGGGCCAAGGAAAAUAAACGCCACUGUGGAUUGGUUGCUUUGCAAAUACCAGCCAAUAGCAUGUGAAAGAUCACUGCAGCUUGGUGUUUUAACUUUUCAAGACUUAUUUCAAAUAUUUUAGUCAAACUGAGGAAAAAAAUAAAUAAAUAGAUGAAUAAUUUGGAUUUACAUUCCACAUAAAACCUGCCAAAUGUUAAACCGCAAAUAGGGAGGCAUCCACUGUGUUGCAAUACUUUUCAAAAAAGUAUUACCGAAAAGUAAUUGAUUUUGCAGAGAUAUAUUUCUUUUCUUAAAGCAUGUCUCAUAUAUUCCAAAGUAAAUACAGCUUGAGAAGCUAAUAACGUUUGGUGCAUUGUUAGGUGAGAUGCUAUUGGCUGCCAUUUCCGAAGUAGCCAAUCCAGGAGCUCCAUUUUCCUUGGCAAUAAUUUUAACAAUGAAAAUAAGACUGUGGAUGUAACUUCUGGGUUGUGUUUUCACAGUGGAGAUUUAUGCAUAUUGACAUACAUUUGGUGUUUGAACUAUUAAAAUAGACAGCUACAACUGACCCUUGUGAAUAAAAGGGGUCCAUUGUAAUUACAAUUUCCUUGCAGCUCCAGAAAAUACGAAACUCCAAUACAAUGUCAUAACUUGACAGAGGAUCCACAUAAAUCUAUUUUUACUGUACUAACCUCAUAUUUAAUGACACUGAAUCAUUUUAUAAAGUAAAUCAAUGUAUUUUUAACAAAUCUAAAAAUAGGACAAUUUUUUGAUAUCUGCCACUACUUAUGUACAUGUUGAAACAUUACAGAUAUAAAAAGGAGAUGCCUUCAGCUUUUUCAUUUAAAGUAUGUUGAAGGAUUAUUUCAGAAACAGAUAUGUACACUUUAAAAAAAAAUCUCUGAUUAGUAUGUUUUAUUAAAUUGUAUUCUCUUUCUGUUUCAGCACUACAUUUUGUACAUUUACUGUUAUUCAAGUGAUUAUAAACACCUUAGGCUGCUCUUGUAUUCAUUAAAAUCUUGUAAAGCAAUCAGCCCAGCUUUAGUUUGCAUAGCUGUGGAAGUUCAGCUAUACUGUGAUCAAAAUCCAUACAUCUUACACACUCUACUCGCCUUUCUAUGAUGGUAAAUAAAACUCUGCAAUUAGUGCGUACACUAUGCGACUUAAAACAGAUGGUGCUCCUAUGGAGCCGAAUCCCCGUUUGAUAAAUCAAUGCAGAUGGAAGUAAUGGACUUCCUGCAAUCCUGCCUCAACCUUCACCUCCCAGUUCACCCUUGAUGGUGGAUGAAGUUAACAUAGGGAUGGAAAUCCUUCAUGCAAAAUGGAGGCAAUCAUCCCAGGAGCUAUCAUUUCAAUAGUCAAUAGUCUAUUUCCAUUUUGUUACAUAUUUGCGAAUUGAUGUUCAUGGGAAUAUGAGAAAUGUUUUGAUGAAAUGGCUGUUUUUUUGUUGUUGUUGUUGUUUUGUGAGGCAAAAUGUUUCAUAUUUAAUUUAGUUCUUUGUUUUGUUUUUUUUUUUCUAUCAUUGUUUUACUUCCGUCCUCCAACCCACUUCUCCAGCCUCCCCGCCGCUUCCUUCCCGCUUAGCCUGUCCUCUUUUUAAGUUCCCGUUGGGCAGCGGGGCUGUAUUCAUCAGGCCUCCCCCGUUUUGUUUGUUUGUUUAUGGCGGCUCCACCCGCUGAUCCGGAGCCGCAGUAACCCUGUCGUUUGAUAAAUGGCAACCAUAGCAUUACUGACUCCCCAGCCGAGCCCCGGUGACGCCUGGCCAAAAAAACAACAGGUUGAUGUAUGGCUUCCUUUAGACUGUCAAGUCAUUUAAGUAGAGCCCAUCCAGGCUCAGCGCUUCUACUGUAUGCUUGUAUUUGCUUGGACACGUGCUCCAUCCUGCCCUGCCUUGUUUAUGUCAGUGAUUUCAAUACUGAACAGUAGCUGUGAAGGCAUGGUAUAUGCAGGAUUCACUGACUUUAUUAAACAUUUUUAUUUUGCUUGUGUGAGUUGAGUGCAAUGAAAGCGUAAGGUCAGGAAAUAUUUAUAUUGAGAUUUAUUUGUACUCUGGGUCCAGAAAUUUCCAAAAAAUAAAAAAAAAUAAAAAAAUGGUGGUGGUAACAAGAGUGACAUAUAUCCUCUACAAAUUUCUGGAUUUUGUAGCAGUGUUUGCACUAAUUGAAAAUCUGCAAUAUUUUGACAUUAAAUCAGGACUUAAUUAUAUAAAUAUAGACAGUUUAAAGCACAGUUUGUGAUCUGCGAGGCACAUGUUUUAUACCCUAGAGGAGUGCUAAUGCUGUAUCUGGCAACUAAAUUAACUGUUUAAAAAUCAUGGGACUAGUUUGAAACCCCAUCUGUGACCAAACGCAUAAAAGUCAAGGUUUUUGUUGAUGAGAUUAAAAAUGUAUCAAAAUGCAGAACUGAUAUUUUGCAUAAAUAUUCAACAUAAACAAAUAUGUAAUAUAUUAAUGAAACUGUGAAAUAAGCAUCUUUGUUUUAGAAAAGAGAUCUGGAAGUCGUUUAAAAUCAAAAAAUACAGCACAGCUCUGAUGUUUUUGAUUUCUUGGGUAAAAAGAGUUUUCAAAAUGCUUUCUCUGUUUUUAACAUUGUUAUAUGCAAUGUUUAUUGUUUUUAUUUAGUCUUUUUUUCAUUUAUCGUUCAGUGUCGGUCAGAUGGGUUCGAUGUUGGGCCAAAAUUUUUUAUGUUUUUUAAAUACAGUUUAGGACCCCAUAAAACUAUUAGUAUGGCCCUGGGGCCACACUUUGGACACUAUUAAUAUAGAAGGUCAAAGAGAUUUGGCAUGGUACUUUUUUAUGAUUGUUUUCACAAAUGUGAGUGCUAUAUCUGCAAGUAACUUGAAGACCAAAAUGAUCAAUGAGUUGGAGAAGGUAGCUAAUAAAAAAAAAAUUAUGAAAAUUAUAUUCAUAUCUUUCCAAGACUGAAUGGGAGUCCAGUGUUAACAUUCAAUGGAGGGGCUUUUUGAGCUGAAAAUGUAAAUGGCCUUGAUGCAUUUGCAUUGAUUUUGAAAGACACUGUCAGACGUCUUUCAAAAUCAAUCUUUUCAACUCAAAAUGUAAGUCAAAAGUGGCAAGAUUUGAAUCUAAAUGCAAAGAAUGAUGCAAUAAUUAUGUCAUUGUUGGAGUUUCUAAUGCAUAGUUCAAAAUCUUUAAUAAAUGCCAUGUGUACAGGA